AUGCUGUCGGCGCUACGGACUCUGUCACGAUCGUCGCUCACUCGCUCGGCGGUGAAAUCGCCACACCUCACUGUGUUCUUAUCGUCUUCAACGUCGACUCAAUCUCGAGGGAUCCGUCACUUAUGGAAUACGUAUGCUUCUUUGUUGGAAACCCACCCGAUUAGUACAAAGAUCGUAACGGGUGGCACCAUUGCGGGGCUUGGCGACGUCGGAUGUCAGCUCUUUUUGGAAUCCGACGAUGGUCAUGCGAAAUUAGACAUCAAACGCACUGCCAUUUUCACGUUUUUGGGUGGGGUCGUGAUUUCGCCUAUCCUUCAUGUGUGGUAUAGAUUUCUUGGGUCAAGAUUACCUGGAGUUUCCACAGCUGCAAUUACAAAGCGAUUGGCACUAGAUCAAUUGGGUUUUGCUCCUACGUUUCUACCAAUCUUCUUAUCGUCAGUGCUAACACUUGAAGGACACGCCGAGGACAUUCCUGACAAACUGCGCUCCGAUUGGUGGCCCAUCACGAAAACCAAUUGGGUCGUAUGGGUGCCGGCCCAGCUUUUUAACUUUCGCUUCGUGCCAGGAUCGCUGCAAGUGCUCUUUUCCAACGUAAUGGGGCUGUUUUGGAACGCCUACUUAUCCUACAUGAGCCACUCGAAGGUUGUCAAGAAACUUGUUGAAGAGAAAGAUAUGAAUGAAGGAGAAAAUAAAUCGCACCUCUUGCCAGCUUAG